AUGUUUAAACAUGCGGGUACAUCAGAAAAUAAAGCCUUAAUUGAAGUCAAUAUUCAUCAACUCAAUAUUAACAUAUCUGUUCCAAACUGUGAAGUUAUGAUAGUAUUCUAAAGGGGUGAUAGAAAAGCUUAAACAUAACCUGUCUAAUUAAUUAACAAGUGUGCCAAAAUUGAAUAAAUACUUAAGUUACCAGCUACACUCUAUUACGAUGUUAAAUAAAAAGAAUAUCAGAAGAAAAUGGGAACCUUGAUUAUUCUUAUUAAAUAUGAAAAAGGUAUGAAAAAUGCUGGCUAAAUUGAAAUCGAUUUCUCAUCCUAUCUAAAUUAAAAAAAAGGAAAAAUUGACGAAAUCUCAUCUCUAGCCAAAUGUCCAGAUUCUAAUGCUACACUAUCAUACACAAUUAAUUUCUUGAGUCAAGAUCAAAGAUCUAAAACACCAGAGGCCAAUAUAAAUAAUAGUAUUCAAAUCACUAAAUACAGUUAGGGAAGAUCAAUCCAAAGCUUAAAUUACAUUAUUAGACUAACAGAAUAAACUUUUAAAAGAAGAUAAUGUUAGAUUACAAGAAGAACAUUCAAAUUUAAGAGCUUAAAAUUAAUAAUAAUCAAUCUACAUACAAUAAUUAUUAAAUUAAACAAAAUUAUAAUAAGAUGCUAUGCUUAAUACAUAUUCCUCUAAAUCUAAUUAAGAAACUCAAACUGUUUAACCUUAAGAUUGUCAAAAAUGUUAUGAAUUUCUAUUUUAAAUAGGUAAUUAUGAUUAUAUUUCUAUUCUAGAACAAUUAAAAUAAAUUCAAAAAAAUAAACAACUUCCUUGUUAAAAAUGUACAAAUUUAGAAUUAGAAAUUGAAUAACUCAAAAAUUAAUAAUCUUAAAGAUCUAAAUAAGAAAACAUUGAUUAAAAAAUUGAAUUGUUAAAUUAAGCAAAUACUAAUUUGAAAGAAUAAUUAUUUGAACUUGAAUAAUCAGCUUCUAGAAUUAGAAAAGAAAAUCAAGAUCUAAAAAAUAAAUUAACCAUUUAAAAUUAAUAAUUAAUAGAUUGCAGAGAAAGAAUCUAAGAAUUAGAAAAUGAUGACGAAAACGAUAAACGUAUUGCUGAAUAUCAAAAAAUGAUAGAAAAAUCAAAUGAUGACUUAUUAGAAAAUUAAUCAAAAUUAUUUUCUUUCAAAGCUGAAUAUGAUCAAUUAUAAAGAGAAAAAAAUGAAUACGAACAAUAGUUUGAAAUUUUAUCAAAAAAAUACGAUUCUUUAGGUAUGACUUUUUAAUUUAUAAAAAAGAAUUAUAACUUUUCCAAUAAAAAUAAAGAUAUGCUAAUGCUAUGCAUGCAUUUCUAAGCUAGGGAGAUACUAAUGCAAUUGAAAUACUAGAAAAAUUUAGUGGGGAUUGA